AUGAAUUAUUAACCAAUAUAAAUAGAAACUCAACAAUAUAAAUAUUAUGUUGGAAAUCAAGAAAAGUCAUUCUAAAUUAAAAAGAAAGCUGAAUUUUUUUAAUAUUAAAGAUUUAAAACCGUAAGCAACUCAUUUCACGAAACAAACAAUUGUUAGGAGAAGAAACAAAAAUAAAGAAGAAUGACGUUGGAUAGAUGCUAGGAAUGUUCCAAUGAAGAUGUGUAAAAAUAUAUUGAUUUUAAUAUCAAAGAAAAGAAUUCAGGUAAUGAAUUAAAUGAAAAGGUUAAGUAAUUUAUUAUACAGGACAAAAAGCUGAUGAGAAAAUAAAUAAAAGUUACUAACUUUGAAGAUUUGCUACUGUAAUAUUAGAAAUCGUUUCGCUAGAGAUAGAUGAAAAAACAAGUAUUAGAAAAAUUAGAGUAAGAGCCUCUUUAUUUUAAGGGUUCUAGCACUAAUAAUAAUCAAAUGAAAAAUUCCUAAUAAAAUCACAUUCAAUAAAAGAAUAAAAAAUCAUAGAAUAUCAAUAAGGAUUAAUAGUUAUAGGAUAAAAUUUAAAAUUAUUUAUCCAGAAAAAGUGUUAACCUGUAAAGAUUAUCAUAAAAAAUGGAUGACUUUAAUCUUUAACGAAAAUUAACUAAAUAAUCGGACUCAAUAGAGAGAUAGAUAAAAACUCAAACAAAUUUUUUUGAAGACUUUGCCGAUUCUGAUUUAUCCUUCAAGAAUCAGGAAAAAGAUGAUUAUUCCGAAUUACAAAAACAAUCUUAUAAAUAUUGGGAUUUCGCAAUAAAAACAAAAAAAGAUCCCACAAAAGUGAGAAAAACUGAGUGCAAUAUCAGCAUUUCAACUUAGACAAACUUAGAAAAAAUGAAGAGCCUAUUAUUGUAUUGUAUAAGAAAACUGAAAUUUAUGAAAUUGCACCCAGAGAUAAUAUUAAAAAACAAUGAGAUUAUCAAAUUGAAACCAUAUCAAAGAGAAGGAUCAUACGUAUUCUUCAAAGCAAUAGGGAAAAACGAUUUAGAUUUAGUUAAAUUAAUGUUAGAAAAAUGUAGAUUCUAUGCGUUUGAUGUAAACGAGUACUUCUAAACUGCUCUCCAUAUUUGCUCAAGAAAGGGAUAUAUGGCUAUAGCAGAAAUUUUAUUAUCUUAUGGGACGUAUCCUGAUGCAAAAGAUGUAAAUUAUAAAACACCACUAUAUUAUGCUUUAGUUAAUAAAUAAAGGGAUAUAGUUAAACUUUUGCUAUCUCAACAAUGUAAUCCAUGGUCGUCUAAAGGUUGCAUUUAUGAAACUACUGAUCCUAGUUUAAUGAAGAUGCUCAAAAUUGCAAGAAGAAUUGACCUAUUGCUGAUGAUGAUUCCAUACAAGAAAAGAUAACAAACCUGGAGAAAUUGUGGUAGAGUCAUUUAGGAUUUGUGA